CUGUAUAUAAAUGCAUGGCUGAAAACGACGCUUCUUCUUCCUCCGAGCUACGCUCACAGCAAAACUGUAAACGCACACAUACAUAUAUAUACUUGUGUACAUGCACAUCGAUAUAUGCAGAUGUGUGUGUGUAUACAGAGAUCAUAACUUCGUAAUCUGAAAGCGAGAGACAGAGAGAGGCCGUUCCUUGAUUUGAAUCAGGCAUAUCCGUUUGGAUACUCCUAGCACUGCGAGAUCUCUUGGAUAAUUAUUUUUUUUUUGUUCUUCCGGUGAAUCAGGAGGAGGUACAGUGAAUUCCAUAUUGCCAUUCGAACCUUGAUCAUCCAAAUGCCAGCUUUAGGUGAGAUAAUUUCGUUUCCAGAAUCCGACAAUGGUAAAGGUUUGGAAAUUGAGGUCAUAGAUGAUGAAAAGAUCAGAAGAACACGUUCUAGAUCAUUGAAGAAGAAAGCGAUCAAUGCUUCAUCAAGAAUCACACACAGUCUCAGGAAACGAGGAAAGCGUGUAGCUGAUCAGUAUGCCGCAGAGAUCAUGAUCGAAGAUGUGAGGGACGUGGAAGAGGAAAAGGCCGUGAAUUCGUUUCGAAAAGCUUUGAUUUCCCGGGAUUCGCUUCUUCCUCGGCACGAUGAUUACCAUUCAAUGUUGAGAUUCUUGAAAGCACGGAAGUUUGAGCUCGAAAAAGCUAUCCAGAUGUGGGAAGAAAUGCUGAAGUGGAGGGAAGAAAACCGAGUAGAUACAAUCAUACAGGAUUUUGUUUAUGAUGAAUAUGAAGAAGUACAACGAUACUAUCCUCAUGGUUACCAUGGUGUAGACAGAGAAGGGCGACCUGUUUACAUCGAGCAGCUCGGGAAAAUCGACCCGAGCAAGCUGAUGAAGGUUACUACAGUGGAACGAUUUUUAAAGUAUCAUGUUCGGGGUUUUGAGAAGACGUUUUCCGAGAAGUUUCCAGCGUGUUCUAUCUCAGCCAAAAGGCACAUAGAUUCUUCGACAGCCAUAAUAGAUGUUCAAGGAGUGAACUGGAUGAGCUUUGGGAAACUAGCUCAUGACCUUGUGAUGCACAUCCAGAAAAUCGACGGGGAAAACUAUCCCGAGACAUUACGUCAGAUGUUCAUAGUUAAUGCUGGAAGUGGAUUCAAGCUUGUCUGGAACACAGCGAAAAGCUUUCUUGAUCCUAGAACCGCUGCAAAGAUACAUGUUUUGGGCAGUAAAUUUCACACUAAACUGCUCGAAGUUAUCGAUCAAAGCGAGCUGCCAGAUUUUCUUGGAGGAAGCUGUUCUUGCUCGGAUGAAGGUGGAUGCAUGCGUUCUGACAAAGGGCCUUGGAAAAACCCGGAAAUAAUGAAGCUGGUUUGCUCGAGGGAUUCGAGGUACAAGACGAAACAGAAACGGGUUUUCGAGGAAAGAGAAGAAGCGAAAUCAUUUUCCUUCCGGCAAAAAGUAGAGACAGAAGUAUCAUCGUCUUAUGCAGGAACCGAUACAACGAGAGAUGGAAUGCAAAGAUUAUCGCAAUCCGAACCGAACCAGCGUCCUCUUCUCUGCAACGAUCGAGCUGAAGCAGUCGGUAUCAUGAGAACUGAACGCUCUGAUUCGACGACUCGCUUAACCAGGAAUCAGACCCCGGGAAGGAGCUUGAAGAAUUCUCUUCACCAAGGAACGAUCUCGUUGGCGCGUUUCGUCUUCCAACUCGUCACUGGCUUGUUUCUCGUGCUCCGGAUCUUGAGGAGAUUUGUGAAUAAACGGCCCGAGAAUCAUCCGAGACCGACAUUAACAGUUCCUGCUCCCGAGCAGUGCGUGCAAAGGGAUUCACUUCAUCCGUGUAUGCAGAGGUUGCAAGAUCUCGAGACCGUGGUAACUGACUUGCUUAACAAACCGACGAGGAUUCCUCCCGAGAAAGAUGAUAUGCUCCUUGACUCGUUAGACCGCAUCAAAUCCAUCGAACAGGACCUGCAGAAGACGAAACAGGCGCUGAUUUUAACCGCGUCAAAGCAAAUUGAACUCGCCGAGACACUGGAAAGCUUGAAGUUCAGCAACUCGACUGGGACGAGUUCUUGUUGGCGAAGAAGUUGUACGUAUUUCCCUCCCGAGUCGUGAAAACCGAUCUUUUCCCCCCCGAGAGGCACGAUCUCGGCUACUACUUGGCCCCUCCAACGAUAUAAAACCGCAGGUUUCAGGUGAGAUCUCACCAUGUUUGCUUGGAUUUUCCACCACAGAGUCAUUUCUGUAACCACAUUGGUUGGGGUUUUCAGAUUGUUUCAUACACAGAUGAGAAGAUGAUUGCCAUAGGAAGCGAGAUGAGAGAGAGAGAGAGAGAGAGAGAUUAAUAUAAACUGUCCUAAUGUUAUGAACAUUAGAAUCUUAACCACAUGGAAAUUUAGAUUAAAGUUGUUGUGAAUGGAUAUCAAAGUUGGUCCAAAUGUGGGAAAAUCCAAACUUUGGAUGAAAA